CUCUCUCUCUCACUCUUUCUUUUCACUUGUUCCCGGAGAGAGCAGACCGUGUGUGUGAUGGUGAUGAUGACGUCAUUACUUUCGUUCUUUUUCCCCUCCAUGUUGAGUUUAUUGUCCACAUUAACUUACAGAUACAUGUGAAUUACUGAUGCAGUGACAGGGGACUCUCUCUCUCUCUCUCUCUCUCUCUCUCUCUCUCUCUCUCUCUCUCUCUCUCUCUCUCUCUCUCUCUCUGUCUCUCUCUCUCUGUCUCUCUCUCUCUCUCUCUCUCUCUGAUGUUAAACACACAUCGGGGGUCUGCACGGCCUCUUUACACCUCGAACCACGGAAAAUUCAACUGCAUUGGUAUUGGCCGCUCCUGCAGGCUCCGCCCCCUUAUACAUGCAGCUGUGGUUCAUGGUGUUGAUGGCAGCCGUGGCUUUGAUCCUGUUUGGGAUUUCGUUGGGCGUCGGCCUGCACAGAGCUCUGUCCCGCCCACCCUAUGCCCGGGAACGACCCCCUCUCAUCCCCAUGCCCCUACAACCCCGCAGUCCCCGGGGCAUUUACCCCCCCAGCAACGCCUACCUGUUUGAUACGGUUCCUGAUGCGACCAGUUCACCGAACACCGUCACACUGAAAGCCUUCACCAUGCGCGUGGAGGAAAUGAUCGACAGUAAAGUUGUGGAAAACAGUGACGGCGCAACGGAGAGUCAGAUAGGGGUCGUUACCGUGUCAACGGUCCACAUGUCUUCUCAAGAUAUUACCCAGAACCCUUUGCGGCGCAGCGUGAGUCAGCUGAUUGACAGGAAGGUGGGGGAGGGGCAGGACGACGUGUGGGACCCCCAUUUUAGAGCUCACGACAGCGGAAUGUUUGAUGAAGAGUUUGUCGACACCAUUAAAGGUUUCAGCACCGUGAGGAAAGAGCACACCAUGUUCACCGACACCAACCUCUAACUCCUGACCUCUGACCCCCGAGUGUACAGGAGAGUGUCCAGAGACGUAGGAAUGAAGACGCAUGUCGAAGUGGAGAAAACACGGAGCAUGACGUCAGCGCACACGGACACGCCGUCUCGUCCAGUCAGAGCGCGAGAGAUGUAAACGAGGGUUCUCACAGCGUGAUGAUGUCAUUACACGGAAAGACAGACAGCAGUAUAAGUUAACAGAUAUGAUAUAAAGAUCUGUAAAUUUAAUCUAAUUAUAUAAACUCUAUUUAUCUUAAAGAGGCGCCAAAUGUGUUUGUAACAGUGUAAUAACUGUACGAUAACCGCUCACGUGUAAAAGGAAGUAUUGCUUGGCUGAUUUGGAGCAAAAAUCAGAUUUGGUUUUUGUGUGUUUAUGAAGAAAAGAAGAUAACUAUAAUUUAGCUAAGCAUUAUUAGCAUUAGUAAUGCUAGCUGAUCCCACUGAGAUUUUAUUUCAAUAAAAACAUUUUCUGCUUAAAAAACAAAACAAAGCUGAUUUAUAUUUCACUCGGUGAGAGCGAUAUCAUUUUGGCCGAACCAUUACUUUCCCAGAUAGCGAAAUUGCUGUGGCCCAGAUCCGCAUCUUUGCGGAGCACUGCAUCUUUGCCUAAAAAGGCCCACUUGUGAUUUGGGAUAUUUGAGCCAUAUUUGCUAUUUUACAUACCGGCCACUUCAGACUCGUGUCCAUUUCGUCCGGGCCAAAAGAAGGCCAGCAGCAGUGCUGUAUCACAGCCUGAAGUGGCCCACAUCCGGAUGCUAUCUGGGUUCAUUUUAACCAGGAAACUGCUAAACUUUUUCUGCUAAUUCUCGAGUUAGCGCCAGCAUUAACACCCGUUAGCUAAGUAGAUAUUAUCACUGAAGCUGUGCUGUAGCUAGAUUUCUUUUCCUUCAUAAAUAAACACAAAGCAUUUUAGCUCCUAGAAAAAUGCGUUUUAAUAAUGGUAUUUUAUGCUAACUUUACCUCAGAAGCUGCACUGCAUUGUGCUAGCUAGGCUAAUUCUACUACAGGGACUUAGCACGGACCACAAGGCUUUCAGUGACUAGCUUGCACUACAUUCGUUAGGUAAUGUUAGCCAAAGAGAUUAAAAUCCACAAUUCUGCUGGAAAUGCAAAGUUAUUUUCUUUAUAAAUAAAUAAACCAAAUCAGACAACACUUUUAGCACGUUAGCAUUUAUUGCAGAUGAAUCAUGAGGCACAAAAACAUUUGUACUGUUACAGAACAUGAGCUGGUAAUAAAACUAAAUAAAUUAAUCACUAUGAGGUAAUGCUGCUUUAAAAAUAAACUAUGUAUAAAAUGUCAGGCAGUUAAAAAAAAAGAAAAAAAGAAAUCAGCAUUUCUGUUGCUUGUUAUUUUUAAAAAAUAUAAAUAUAAAAUCUCUUGUGAAUCUGAGGAGCUGAAAAUGACCUCAGCGCUAAAAUGUUCGCGUUUCAACACCGUUUCUAACGCUCCCUCGUUCACGUCUUUAUUUUUCCUUUCACUUCUUCUCCUCGACUUAGCGUUUGGCAUAAAAUACCGGCUUUACUUGCACAAUACAGUAGUUUAACAACAUCUAAACACAGAACUGCGCUCAUUUUAACCAGCUAGCUCUGUAGCUAAGCUAUCAGUAACUUAGAUAACUCGACGUAAACAUUUGUAUUGUGGAAUUAAAACCCGUAGCCAUGUUCAUAACAUCGAUCAAACGUGAAGCAUUUCAAUAAAUUAUUGCUUUAUUAUACAAGCGAACAUGCUUAUAUGCUAACACAGGGUGCGUUAAAAACAGUUCUGAAACGAUCAGAAACGAGUAUAAAAUGGAUGCUUUGCAAAGCAUCAUGGGAUAUUUAGAUCCUCACUGAAAAACUUCCCUUUUCUCUCAAUCUCAUUAGCGCUAAAGAUAUAAAACUAAGAAAUAAAAAGUGCAUGCAGCUAACGCUGGUGUGGCGUCCUGUACUUUAUCUACAGAACUAGCUAGCUACUACAAAAACAACUGCCGGUGCAACGCUAACCAGCGAGCCGUGUUUCAUCCUGUAUUUCACGGAGCUAUUUAUUUAGCUGGUUAUUGUAGUUAAUUUCAGCCCCCUGUUUUAACACUAGCUAGCUUUUCCAGUUAAAAAAAAUACAAAACAAACUAGCUAGCUUUAGCAAAGUCAAUUUUGUGAACGAAUUACGUUGAUCACACUGAUGAUUUACGACAGUCCAUGAUGCCCACGCUACAAGACGAAAAACAUGCAAAUGAAUAAAAUCUUAGCGGAGUCAGAGACAAAACCGUUGAACAUUACAUGCUAAAAAACAACAAUCCUGUGCUUCUGAUGCUAAAUGCUAACUAGCAAAAACUAAAAUGAUGAGACACCUGGAAAUACAAGUCCAUCUUUGGUUCUCUGAAGUAAAUUUUAAAACUCAUGCGGUUCUGCAAUUAGCAAAAGUUUUCUAGACUUUAUCUAGAACGUUCUCCGUUCUAUUCUCCCGUUAUUGUUCUGUUUGCGUCCAGCAGUUUGG